AUGGCGGAUACGAAGGCCAGCGCGGCGGUCACCCUCCGCACCCGCAAGUUCAUGACCAACCGCCUCCUCUCCCGGAAGCAAUUCGUGCUUGAGGUGAUCCACCCCGGCAAGGCCAACGUCCCCAAGGCGAGACAUCGAUCACACAAAAUGGAGGCGGAGCUCAAGGAUAAGCUGGCCAAGAUGUACGACGUGAAGGACGCCAACUGCAUCUUCGUGUUCAAGUUCCGCACGCAUUUCGGGGGCGGCAAGUCCACUGGAUUCGGUCUCAUCUACGACAACCUCGAAGCAGCCAAGAAGUUCGAGCCCAAGUACCGCCUGAUCAGGAAUGGUCUUGCUACUAAGGUUGAAAAGUCUCGCAAGCAAAUUAAGGAGCGUAAGAACAGAUCUAAGAAGAUCCGUGGUGUCAAGAAGACCAAGGCUGAUGCCGGGAAGAAGAAGAAGUAA